AUGAAUUUCCCUGUAAAUAAGGAGCUUUGUGCUGCUAAGAACAAUAACAAUUUCCAAAAAUCACAUAUUGUUUCCUCCAAAACUCUGAAGAGAGGAUUGCCCGAUUGUUAUUCUCAAGUUGAUGCACCUGCAAGAACUUCCCAGAAGUUUAAAGUAAUUGCGAAAGAGGGUAGGUGUCAUCGUUUGCUUCCUGCAAAUCCAUCCCCUUUACCUGAAAAGAUAGAUGCUGUUUUGUCCUAUCGAGAAAUGCAGGGUGAAAAAAACUUUUAUACUUCUUUUAACAGCAGAACAACUCACUUUAUUGAAGUCGAUCUGGAGAGGGAGAAACCAAGCGGAGCUGUUGGAUGUUCGCAUGCAAUUAGCUUAGAACCUAAUGAUGCAAACAAUAUUACAUGCUCUGUGGCUAGAUGUAGCAUUACUAGCAAUGAUUCCUUUAAGUUGUAUUGUAAUUUUUCUAGAGGUCCUGUUGAAGAUACUGAAGGAAAUUGUAGUGAUGCUGAGUCUGUUUAUCAUAGGGGCUUUAAGGAAGGGAAUUGUUUCCUUUCCAGUCAGGUGGAAUUGGCAGAAGAAAUUCAUAGGUUAGAGUUACAUGCCUACUGUUGCGCUAUUGAGGCAUUGCAUGCAUUGGGACCCUUAAGUUGGGAACAAGAAACAUUGGUGACAAAUCUUCGCCUUUCGCUCCAUAUAUCAAAUGAUGAACAUUUGAUGGAGCUAAGGAACCUAGUUUCGACUGCUACCAGCAUGCCUCUUAGUUGACAGGGAAAAAAGAAAUCCCUUCCCCCUCACUUUAUU